AUGAAGCUCUCCAUCAUUGGCGCAGCCCUUGCGCUCUCCACUGGUGUUCUCGCCCACCCCGAAAAACUGACCGAAGCCUCCGCCGCACACCACCACACCACCCGCUCAACCAACGCCUGCGCAGCUCAAAUCGAAGCGCGCGCAGAGGCAACCGCUCUCCGCCGCCGCGAACGACUAUCCCAGCGCUCAGCCGAGAAACGAAACAUCUACCCGACGAUCCAGAACUCGACCUGCGUCCUGGCCCCCGAGACAGUCUGGGGCCCCUACGGCAUCGACGGCGAGCUGUACCGUCAUGACGUGCGCGAAAACCAGGCGGGCAUCGACCUGUACCUUGACAUUGGAGUCAUCGACGUUGAGACGUGUGAGCCGUUGCCGGAUGCGUACUUGACGAUCUGGUCCUGCAACGCAACAGGCUCCUACUCCGGGUACACGGGCAUCGACCCCGACACCGCGGACCUACUGGAUGGCUACACCAAGAGCACCCAAGGCACAACCGACAACGAGACGUUCCUGCGCGGCAUCACCAAGACCGACGAGCAGGGGAUGUCCGAGUUCCUCACCAUAUUCCCGGGCUACUACGUCUCGCGCACGACACACAUCCACGUCACCGUGCAGACGAACGUGACCAGCAGAGACGAAACAAGCUAUAACUCUGCCUCCGGCGGCGUGCAGCAUCUAGGCCAGCUGUUCUUCCCAGAGGACCUGAUUAACUCUGUCUAUGCUCUGGCGCCGUAUUCGCAGCACCUGGCGACGUUGAACCGCACGACGAAUGCGGAGGACUCGCUGUACGCGAGCGCCAGUGCGGAUGGAUACUCGGCUGUUGUUUCGACGGCGCUGCUGGGGGAGACACUUGCUGAGGGGCUCGUUGGGUAUAUUACCAUCGGCGUGAAUCGGUCGGCUGAGGCUGCGACUACGACGGGUGGUAGUGUUAACCCGCAGGGUUUCCUCCCUACUGCUAGUCCGGCGGCUGGUGCCCAGGAGAAUGCGUAUGCUGUUGAUCGGGCGGAGGGGUAUGUGGAUAAAUGA